CGACUCUCACACACACCCACACACACACACACACACGCACUUUGACACACAAUCACAGUGUGGAGUAUCAGCGCUCGAAACAGGACGGACAGACAGAGGGGGAGAACUGCACCUGUCCCACACACACUCUCUAUCCUCACACACACAUACAGAGGAUCUGACCGGUCGUCCUUAUGUGUGGAUGGGACCAAAGUUACACGGCGACCUCUCAUAGCUCGGCCAUGUUGACCAGUGAGGGGGCGCACACCAUGGAGCAGGACGACUCGCAUCACGGACCUAAGAUGGCCUCCACCGCCACCACAGCUGCCGCCGCUUCCAGCUCGGGCUCAGACGGGACCGAGACGAUGACAGACACAGACGUGGACAUGGAGAUGGAGAUGGAGGAGGCAGACAUGACUCAGUGGACGGAGGCAGAGUUUGAGGAUAAGUGCACAUACAUCGUCAAGGACACGGCGUGGGAGGCGGGGCCAGACGGUGACGCCAUCAUGACGACGACGACCAGAGCCGAGGCGUCACUGCCCCGAAACCUGACCUUCAAACACCCAGCUGACAGCAAGGAGGUGGUCGGCGUGUGCAGCAGGGAGUACAUCCCCAAAGGAACUCGCUUCGGUCCCCUGGUGGGCGAAAUCUACACAGCUGACAGCGUCCCCAGAGAUGCCAACCGCAAGUACUUCUGGAGGAUCUACACAGACGGGGAGUUCCAUCACUUCGUCGACGGCCUGGAUGAGACUCGCUCUAACUGGAUGCGGUACGUGAACCCGGCCCACUCGGCGGCGGAGCAGAACCUGGCGGCGUGUCAGAACGGCAUGGAGAUUUAUUUCUACACGGUGAAGCCUGUUCCCGCAGGCGCAGAGCUGCUCGUCUGGUACUGCCACGACUUCGCCCGGCGCCUCCACUACCCGCCGUCGGGAGAGCUGAUGAUGCAGAAACUCAAACAGUCUCUCCUGGAGGUCAAGCAGCAGCAGGUGAGCGGUGAGGAGCGUUUGGUCGAAGGUUCCAGCCCGUCACCCGUCGCAGUCACCCCCACCCCCACCCCCACCCCACCCAAGAGGGAGCACAGCGUCCUCUCCAUCCUGCGUGGCACCAACAGCACCUCAUCAGCCAAGAGGGAGCCCAGCCGGCCGCUCCCCACCCGCCCACGCUGCGCCGACAGCCCCGAGCGCCCCCUGUACCCCCGCGCCCUCUACCCAGCUUUCAGGCCCCACCAGCUCGGCUACCCCGCGACUCGUUCCCCUGGCAACCAGUCCUCGGCUACACCCAGCCCGUCGGCAAGGAGCAGCCCAGACAGCAGCCCCCAGGGGAGCCCCUCGGGUCCGGUGCCAUCCCCAGCUUCUUUCUACCCCACCGGACUGAGCCCCUACCCCGGGUACUCCCCACCAUCUGCCCCCCUCUCCUCACCUUUUUACCCUCCAGGAGCCCCGUACUCACGCUACCUCCUGCCCCAUCACUACCCUCUGCCUGGCGGUGGUGUCCCCACCGUAGGAGGGAUCUUUCCCAGGAUGUACCCCCUCUACAGCAGCCUCCUGCCCGCUCACGUGCCCCUCCUGCCCUCUGACACAGCAGGGAGGCGCUUCCUGAUGCCUGACCACGUCCACCCUUCCUCCGUUUCUGCCCACAGAGACUUCCUCCUCCCCGGGCCCACCAGUGCCUUCUCAGUCGCCACCUCUCUGAAGGACAAAGCGGGAGCUCACCACCCUUACCCCGGGCACCCUCACUUACACGAACCGGCCCGCGCCCCCUCCAGCGGCUCCCCGACAGCAGGCACGGCGCCGCCCAGCGAGCGGGUGCCCACCAAGCCUACCUCAGCCCUGCUGGGCAACGCCAGCGAGCAUCACCCCGACGAGGAGGCCAUCAACUUGACCAAAGUGAAGCGCGGCGCCGGCUCGGCGGGCUACAAGGCGCUGCCGUACCCGCUGAAGAAGCAGAACGGAAAAAUCAAGUACGAGUGCAACGUGUGCAGCAAGACGUUCGGGCAGCUGUCGAACCUGAAGGUUCACCUUCGUGUCCACAGUGGAGAGAGACCCUUCAAAUGUCAGACCUGUAACAAAGGUUUCACCCAGCUGGCCCACCUGCAGAAACACUACCUGGUCCACACCGGGGAGAAGCCACAUGAAUGCCAGGUUUGUCACAAGCGCUUCAGCAGCACCAGCAACCUGAAAACUCACCUCCGCCUCCACUCGGGGGAGAAACCGUACCACUGCAAACUCUGCCCGGCCAAGUUCACGCAGUUCGUCCACCUCAAGCUGCACAAGCGCCUGCACUCCCGCGAGCGUCCGCACAAAUGCCCCCACUGCCACCGCCACUACAUCCACCUGUGCAGCCUGCGGCUUCACCUGAAGGGCUACUGCCUGGCGGCGACCUCCGGCUCCAGCAGCCCGGCCAGCCUGGAGGAGGUGCACCGCGCCAAUGAGGAGAUCGAGCGCUUCGACAUCAGCGAGCACGCCGAGCGGCUGGAGCAGCUGCAGGGAGGGGUGGAGGUGGAGGCCAUGUUGGAGAAGCAGGUCCUGCAGGGGAUCCUGUGGAGGGAGACUGACCUCAAGUCCUCCCACUUUCACCCCCACCACAAGGACGACGCCGCCGAGCUUCUGUCCGCGGGUUACGGCGCGUACGAGUCCCCGAACGAGACGUCGGUCAUCAAGAUGCGGCACAGCGGCCCCGUCCUGCCGCUUCCCGCCAACGUCACCGUCAAGCAGGAGUCGGAGGAUCACGCUUAAAUGACCCCUUUCGAAGUCAAGACUGCAUGACUCACAGUGGACUGCGUUGCCAGGAGCAACUGCUGUAAAUAAAUAAAUAAUUCUCCACCUGGCUGUCAUCAGGAGUGACAUCAUGACCACGCCAGGUGUUCAACCUAUCAGGGACUCGCGUACUCAGGGCUACAAGAGACACUGUCCCAUGACUACUUUACUUUUAUUAUACUUAGAGACAAUCACCUACCCUUACCUUUAAUGUAAUAUAAUGCUAUUAUCAUUAUUGUCGUUGUAUUAUUUGGUCUUUAUUUUCAAAUGUCUUCUUGUUUUCUUUUGAUCAAUUAGUUGUUAUAUAACCUCCUUAAUUUAUUAUACUUUUUAUUUGUUGUCUUUAAAAGCAAUAAGUGGAGAUAGCGGUUCCACUGACAGGGUGAAAUCAAUGUUAAAGACUAUUUUUCUGUUGAUUUUGUUUUUUCUCUGUGGCCAUUUCUCUGUAGAUAGUCACUCUCUCUCUCUCUCUGUCUCUCUCUCUCUCUAUGCCUAUAUCUGUCCGCUAACCUCUGACCUAUAGAAGCAGGGGUGUCCACUCUUCAGGGUUUUAUCUAUUUAAAUUUAAAAAAACUUUUAAAAAAAAACAACAUAGCAGGUUUAAAAAGGGUUGAAAAACUUGCCAAAGUCUGGCACAUAAAUGAAUCUGUUAAUUUAGCAAGAAGAGCUUUAUUUCAACCUGCUUCAGAGCUUCCCUAAAAGUAUGUCUGUGUCGUUUUCUGAUGCCUACUUAAUUUAAAUGAAACAAACAAAAGGGCAUUUUUUUUUGUAUAUUUUUCACAACAGUUACCUCAGUGUGCAUGUGACGAUACGAGUGUGUGUGUGUGUGUGUGUGUGUGUUUUAAGGGACAGCUGAA